CUCAGUCAGUCUGUCGGCCAACUUCCUGCUUGGGGCCUGAGCAGCCACACUCCAGGCAAGCUGGGCUGACUGAGGGGCUCAGAGGCCAGGUUUUGAGGCCCAGGGAGGGCCUAGGGUGGGAAGAUGGCAGGCGGGGACAGCGACCUGAGCACCCGGGUGUUAACAGAAGACGAGGAUGUAGAUGAGAGGCUUCUCUGUGACACUCUAUUCAAGCACUUCAAAAGAUAUAAGGUGGAGAUUUCAAAUGCAAUAAAAAAGACAUUUCCAUUCCUUGAGGGCCUCCAUGACCGUGAACUCAUCACAGAUAAAAUGUUUGAAGAUUCUCAAGAUUCUUGUAGAAACCUGGUCCCUGUACAAAGAGUGGUGUACAAUGUCCUCAGUGAACUGGAGAAGACAUUUAACCUGUCAGUUCUGGAUGCGCUAUUCAGUGACGUCAACUUGCAGGAAUACCCUGAUUUAAUUCACAUUUAUAAAAGCUUCGAAAAUGUGAUCCAAGACAAGUUGCGUUUACAAGAAAGUGAGGGAGAAGAGAGGGAGGAGAGGCCUGACAUGCAACUUAGUCUUGAACAAGGAACUGGUGAAAACCCUUUUCGAAGCCUGACCUGGACACGUUCGGGUUCCCCGUCUUACGAUGGUACAACCCCACCUGAAAACGGACUCUCAGAGCACCCCUGUGAAACAGAACAGAUAUAUGCAAAGAGAAAAGAUACAACCAGUGACAAAAAUGAUGCACUAGGAAGCCAACAAACAAAUAAACAAUAUGCCCAAAAGGCUGAGCCAGCAGAGUCCUGCAAACAAGCCGCUGUCCAAGUGAAUAAUGGAGAUGCUGGAAGGGAGACGCCCAGCCCAUUGCCCUGUGAUGAAGAAAGGUCACAGCUACUCAACCACGGAGUCCAAAUUAAUUCCUGUUCUGUGCGACUGGUGGAUAUAAAGAAGGAAAAGCCGUUUUUUAAUUCAAAAGUUGAGCGCCAAGCCAAAGCAAGGACUGAUCAUAACCAGGUGUCUGACAUAAUAGUCAUCAGCAGUGAGGACUCUGAAGGAUCCAGUGACGUUGAUGAGCCCGUAGAAGUCUGCAUCUCAGCACUGAAAAGUGAGCCUGUGGUCAAUAAUGACAACCCUUUAGAAGCAAGUGAGGAAGAGGAGGACCAACAAGCCACUUGCUCACGACCUCAGAUUGUAUCAGACCCCAUGGAUUUCAGAAAAUCAUCUAUAUUCAGAGAAAGCUCUAGGAAAAGAGUGAUAGGACAAGACCAUGACUCUUCAGAAUCCAGUGAGGAGGAGGAAAUUCCAAAAGUCUUAAUCAGGGCACUGCACGGCAAGAAGGAUCCUAUGACUUCUGGAAGUACAUCUACUUGGAGAAUAUACAACAAGAAGAGACGUUUCAGCAGCACUGACUUUUCAGAGCUGAGUAAUGGAGAAGAGCCCCAGGAAACCUGCAGCUCACCCCUAAGAAGUGGGUCAGGAUCAGAGCUACAAGAACCUGAAAAUGAGAAGUGCCCCUGUGUCAUGUGUUUUCCAAAAGGUGUGCCAAGAAGCCAAGAAGCAAGGCCUGAAAGUAGCCAAGCAUCUGGCAUGAUGGAUACCAUGGAUGUUGAAAACAAUUCUACUUUGGAAAAACACAGUGGGAAAAGAAGAAAAAAGAGAAGACACACAUUUAAAGCAAAUGGUCUCCAAAAAGGGAGAAAAAGAGGCAGACCUAGAAAACACUUAACUGGGAAAAAAAAAGUCCUACAGACAAGACGGCAUCCAAAAGGAAGAAAAGCCAACACUAGACCUUUGAAAAGAAGAAGAAGAGCUCCAAGAAUUCCCAGAGAUAAAAAUAUUGAUUUUGAACAACCUGAACUUCCUGUGACCUGUGGUAAGGUGAAGGGCACUCUACAUAAGGAGCGAUUCAAACAAGGAACCUCAAAGAAGUGUAUACAGACUGAGGAUAAAAGGUGGUUCACUCCCAGGGAAUUUGAAAUUAAAGGAGGCCACGAAGCAUCCAAGAAUUGGAAGCUAAGCAUACGCUGUGGUGGAUACACCCUGAAAUCCCUGAUGGAGAAACGACGUCUGCCAGAACCACCAACCACAAGAAAAAAGCAGAGAAUACUGAAGUCUCACAACAAUACCUUAGUUGACCCUUGUCAUGCUCAGUCUCAGUUGGAGUGUGUUGCUGUGUGUGAUGAGCAAAGAAUACCAGAUGCAUCACCAGAUACAAGCCAGCCGGGAAAUUCAAAUAUUUGUAAGGUGUGCAACAAAGGAGGAACGCUGUUUUGCUGUGACACUUGCCCACGAUCCUUUCAUGAACACUGCCACAUCCCGCCUGUGGAAGCUAAUAAGGACCCGUGGAGUUGCAUCUUCUGCAGGAUAAAGGCUAUUCAGGAAAGAUGCCCAGAAAGCCAAGCAUGGCAUCAGGAAUCUGAAGUCCUGAUGAGGGAGAUGCUGCCCGAGGAGCAGUUGAAAUGUGAAUUCCUUCUCUUGAAGGUCUACUCUGAUUCAAAAAGCCCCUUUUUUGCCUCAAAACCAUAUUAUCAGAACAGAGAGGGGUCUUGGGGCCCACAGAAGCCCAUGUGGUUAAACAAAGUCAAGAGAAGACUGAAUGAGCAGGUGUACUCCCGAGUGGAGGAGUUCGUGCAGGAUAUGCGUCUCAUCUUUCAUAAUCACAAGGAAUUUUACAGCGAAGAUAAAUUCAUCACACUGGGAAUUCAAGUACAGGACACCUUUGAGAAGAAUUUCAAAAACAUUUUUGCAAUUCAGGAAACAAGCAAGAACAUUAUAAUGUUCAUUUAGCUCAUUCUUAUCUCAUUCCUUCAGACCCUCCUGCAGCUAGCUACCCAGUGUGCUUGUGGUCCCACUAAACGGACUACUCCUGUGGAAACUCCACAUCACACUUCUUCUCCAAAGUUUUUCAUUGCCAUUUUAAAACAGUCGCAUCAGCUUUUAAUAAAAUUCAACACCCCUUCAUGUUAAAAAUUCUCAAUAAGCUGGGUAUUGAGGGAACAAAUAAUAAGAGCAUUUAUGACAAACCCACAGCCAACAUUAUACAAAUGCACAAAAGACAGAAGAGUUCCCCUUGAAAACAGGUACAAGACGAGGAUUCCCUCUCUCACCGCUCCUAGUCAACAUUGUAUUGGAAGUCUUAGAGCAGCCAGGAAGCAGAAAGAAAUAAGGGCAUCCAAAUAGGCAAAGAGGAAGUCAAACUUUCCCUGUUUGCAGACAACAUUGAUUCUAUAUCUAGAAAGCCCCCAAGUCUCAGCCCAAAAGCUCCUUCAGCUGAUAAACAACUUCAGAGAAGUUUCAGGAUACAAAAUCAGUAUACAAAAAUUACUAGCGUUCCUAUACACCAACAACAGCCAAGCCAAGAGCCAAAUCAGGAGUGUGAUCCCAUUCACAACUGCCAUAAAAAGAAUAAAACACCUAGGAAUACAGCUAACCUGAAAGGUAAAAGAUCUCUACAAUGAGAAUUACAAAACACUGCUCAAAGAAAUCGGAGAUGACACAAACAAAUGUAAAAACAUCCCAUGCUUAUGGGUAGAAAGAAUCAAUAUCAUUAAAAUGACCAUAUUGCCCAAAGCAGUUUAUAGAUUCAAUGUUAUUCCUAUCAAACCACCAAUGACAUUCUUCACAGAACUAGAUAAAACUAUUUUAAAAUUCAUAUGGAACCAAAACAGAGCCCAAAUAGUCAAGGCAAUCCUAAGCAAAGAGAACAAAUCUGGAGGCAUCACAUUACCCAACUUCAAACUAUAUUACAGGGCUUCAGCAACCAAAACAGCAUGGUACUGGUACCAGAAAAAGGCACAUAGACCAAUGGAACCUAACGAAGAGCACAGAAAUAAGACCACACACCUACAAUCAUCUGAUCUUUGACAAAGUUGACAAAAACAAGCAAUGGGGAAAAGUCUCCCUAUUCUAUAAAUGGUGCUGCCAUAACUGGCUAGCCAUAUGUAGAAGAUUGAACCUGGACCCCUUCCCUACACUAUAUA